AUGACGACUCUAGGAAAUAUCGGUAGAGUAGAGAAAAAUAUUACGAAAGCGCCUGUUAAGGUGGCGAGAAUUCUACACCGGAUUGUUUACAAUCAAGAAGGUGAUCGGCGGAAUCGCAAACGCUUGAGGCAAUUCGAAGGAUUCAUUUUUGACGCUGAUUCAGAUGAGUAUAAGAAUAAAGUAUCCUCACUCAGAAGAGAUUUUGACGAGAAAGAUUUGGCUGCAACGUGUAGUCUCUUAUGCCUUGAUUAUUCAGGUGAAAAGGGAGAGCUAGCAAACAGAAUAAUAGAAGGAUUGCGAGAUUUGGCAAUAAUCGAAGAAGCUGCUGGAAAGGAAGAAGACGAGGAUGAAGCUGAAGAAGAUGACGAAGAGGAAUCUGAGCGUGAAGAGAUACAAGAAAAACAGAAUGUUAUUAGAACUAACACAACAGAAUCAGCGGGAUAUCGAUUCUCAUUCGGUUUCCGUGAUAUUGAGAAUGCAGUCCGACAGUUUGAUGGAGAAAAAAGCUUGCCAGUCCGCAAAUGGAUAGAAGAAUUUGAAGAUACGGCAACACUUUUAAAAACUAGUGUUUGGCAAAAAGUCGCUUACCGGUUUGGCUAA